AUGGUUCCUGAAACUUCUUCCCCUCCUGUGGACCUGCGGGCCCAAGUUAUUGGUCAGUCCUCUGCAUCCCUUAUAGGCACCCCGGCCACUAACACCGCUCGUUCUGCAGAAAACUGCGAGUUCUUCAGCGGGACCUUUGCCCGUUUUUCGUUGGUCGCCGCCAAGGAGCCCCUGGGCACCUUCAGGGCCAUUGUUUUGAAAACGGAGAACGGCAUCCGAGAGGUUCUGCUAGCCGAAACGGCGCCGUCAUACUACGAGGCCCUGCAAGCUCUUCAUGUCAAGUCUGCGGAGGCAGUCCAGAACUACAUCAACACCAAUGGUUUUGCUUUGGCGUCCGGCGUCAAGAAGCAGAGCCCCAACGCCAGCCGCUAUGACGACAGCCAUGAGAGUGAUUCGUCCACCGUGACGCUGGACGACUGCGAGUCUCUCUCUGACGACGAGACCGUGUCGGUGACUUCAGUUGGCAAGACCAAGCGGAACCGCCGCAAGGCGAACAGGGCAACCAAAACGAGCUCCACGAAGCACAAGACGAGACAGGGCCGUACCAGGUCCCGCUCGCCCUCCUUUUCCACGACCCGGGCUCGUUCGCGGUCAACAUGCUCUAGCUCGUCUGACUACGAGCUCCAUUACGAUCCACCAGCGCCCCUUCCCAACCGCGCGCCCUUCCUCAACUCCUUCCCCCAGCGCAUGCCUCCCCGUCCGCCCCAGAACGCAUUCUCAGCUUUCCCCACGGGCGCUCCCCCGCCACCACCUCCGCCCCCCGGCCCUCAAGGACUCCCCCCGAACAGAUUCGCCCCGGCCACGACUAUGCCACCACCGCCUCCUCCCGCUGCCCCUCUAUUCUUCACCAACAAGCUCCCCCCUAACUCACCAAUGCCCCCGACAAUCCUGACCACCCCGCCAACACCCCCCCAAGCCAACCCCAACCACAACCACAAUAACCCCAACCCCACCUCCCCCACCCAAACCACCCAAACCACUCAAGACCUCAUCCUCCACAUCCGCUGGCGCCACCACGGCGAGCGGCGCACCGUCGAACAAGUCCCCACCCGCGGCCGCGGCAGCAUCUCAGCGCGCAGCCUGCAGCAAGCGGCCCUCGCCUGCUGCCGGCGCCAGCCGGCGUCCUUCACCUCCUUCCAGACACCCCCCGCCCCGUCGUCGGGUCAGCAGCACCAGCAGCACCAGCACCAACACGGGCCGUCUUCUGUUACGCAGUGGCGGCUGGCGGGGCUGAGUGCAGCGGUGAGGGCGGUGGUGGUGGAGGGGGUGGUGUAUGAUUUGGGGGGGUGGAGCGGGGAUGAUUUGGGGAGGGUGGUGAAGGGGUUGAGGGCCGGGGCGGGGGUUGAGGCGGGGGCUGGGGAUGGGGAGGGAGAGGGUGGGAUGUUGUUGCGGUUUGAGAUUGACGUGUGGAAUGAGGGCUGGGCGUCGCCGGGGGUAAUGCCGUGGGGUGGUGGUGGUGGUGCUAGUGGUGCUCCUGCGCCGGGUGGGUUGAUGAGUACUAGGCCUGGGAUGGGUGCGGGUUCGGGCUCGGGCUCGGGCUCGCCGCCAAGGAGUUUGUUUUCGUCGUCGGGGGCGCCAGCACAGAAUCAGGGGUAG